CCCCGCGCCGUUCCCAUGGCGACAGGCAGCCGGGCCCGGGCGGACAGCGGCGAUGCCCAAGGCCGGCGAUACUCUGUGGGAUAUUGCUAGAGACGAAGUGGAGAAGAGAGAACACUCCGGCGACGAUGGCGAGCGCGUGGAAGUUUGGGAAAAAUCAGUGUUGUUUAUGGGAAGCAAAAACGGGGGGAAGACCACUAUCAUACUGAGGUGUCUUGAGAGGGAAGAGAUUCCAAAGCCAACGUUAGUUUUAGAAUAUACCUUCGGGAGAAGGGCAAGGAGACACAAUGCACCCAAAGAUAUAGCUCAUUUUUGGGAAAUAGGUGGUGGAACCUCGUUACUGGAACUGAUUCGAAUACCAAUCACCGUCAACAACGUAAGGUCAUUUGCAGUAGUUCUCGUAUUGGAUCUAUCCAAACCUAAUGAACUCUGGAUGACUAUGGAGAAUCUUCUGCAGGCCACCAGAAACCACGUGAAUAAAAUUUUAGCCAAACUGGAAAAGGCAGAUCCUGAAGCAGCUGCUGAAAUUAAGCAGAAGAUGCAGAACAAUCUACAGAGGGAUCAUCCAGAUUAUGACUUGGUUGACCCUUUUCCAAUACCCUUGGUGAUUAUUGGAAGCAAAUACGAUAUAUUUCAUGAGUUUGACUCUGAAAUGAGGAAAAUAAUAAGCAGGACACUUCGAUUUGUUUCACAUUAUUAUGGAGCAUCACUGGCGUUUACCAGUAAAUCUGAGGCUCUCCUGCUGAAAGCUCGUGCUCUUAUUAAUCACUUGGCAUUUGGCUACGAUAGAAGCAAGUCCAUAUCAGUGGAUCACAGCAAACCACUAUUUAUCCCAGCAGGCCUGGAUUCACUGAGCCAAAUAGGGCCACCACCCACCUCUGACAGCAACAUUGGAAAGAUGCGUGCAAACACACCUUUAGAACUGUGGAAGAAGGUGUUUGAGAAGACGUUUCCUCCCAAGAGUUUCAGUGAUUUACAAGACAGCAAGGACCCUGCACAGGACUCACAGUAUGCUGAGUAUGAAGUUGAUGUCAUGAGAGCUCAGAAAAACCAGUUACACAUAAAACACAAGAUAUCACUACCUUGGAAGACCUUCCUGGCACAUUUUUUACAAUACAGAACUUAAUACUGCAGGAACUUGAACAGUACAAAAGAAAUGCCUGCAAAUCCUGGAAAGAAAUGGAUUUUGGUCCUGAUUGAUGAACUGCUGACGGUGUACUAAGUUUCACAUUUGCAAGAUUUGAAUAUGAAGGUGGCAUCAGUCAUUCCUACCUGUUUUACAAUUUGUAACAAAUUACUCAAUGUAUUUUUGACCAAUGCCUCCCUAAUCAUCUGUGCAAAUGCAUACAAGUUUUCACACCCAAAAUAUGAACUGCAUGGUUAAGUACACCAGGCAUCUUCAAAAUCAAAGCUUAAGAAUGCAUUUCCAUCAUAGUUUGACCUAUUUGAGUAGUUCCAGAAAAACGUGUAGAACAAAAUAGAAUUAAAAACAAUUCUGGCCUGAUCUAAAAUUCGUAAGUCUUCUUUAUCUCAGCUUCAGUAUCAUAAAGGUUGAUUCUUCUGUCAGAAUAAGCAAGACAAAUCUGCGUUAAAUCAGAGAUGGCUCUGAGAGCUAAGACUUGUAGUCAGAGAGUAAGGGCCUAAACAGAGACUUGGCAGACCAGAAUGCAAGAAUAUUCCCUGAUAAACAACUCUAUCAGUGGGCAUAAAAAUGGCAAAGACACAUUAACCUGGUAUCGAUCCAUCCUUUUAGAUAUAUUUUUUCAUGUAUUUGUUUAUUGAAUUGUUUGUUCAUGUAACUUUUGUAUCUGGGAAUAUUAUACAUAAAGAUAAUUAGAAGAAAAUCUUGGCCUCACAGUUAAGUGAAAAGCUUGCAUUAACUUGGGGAUUUCAUACUUGUUAAAAUGUGUGUUAUCUUACAGCUGUAAAAUUUAAUUAUUUUACUAUGGAAUUUUAAGGUACAAGUAUACUUAACUCUGCAAUACAUAAUUUUUUCACUGAAUAUGAAACAAAGCUUAUGAAUUUUGCAUCUAGUAGGCUUUCAGUUUUGAGAAUUACUUAUUUCUAUUUACUAAUUGGAUGAAUGAACCCAUUUGAUGUGUUAGUGAGCCCAUGAGAAUGAUUUCCAAAGAUGCAAAUAACAUCUCUUUCAAGAAAAGGGAGACAACUCGUAUAUACGUUUUUCCCUAGUUGAACUGAUACUUUAUUAAUAAACAAUUUUUUUCCCUAGUAAUUCACAGACUGCUUCCAAAACAAGAUUUAGAACUGAAUACUGAGAAGAAAGAGCAAAUACAAAUAACAUAACUGCCUACUAUGAUCUGGCAUUGCUUACAAAACAAAAGCAUUUUGUAACUUCUGUGUUGCUGAAAGUUGCUUCUUGUACUCAUGGAUGCUGUGGUUGGAUGGGAUGCAUAAGAUUAAAGUGAUUUCUUGA